CCACGAGCUCAGCGCGCGCUGGGGGCAGUGGGAGGAGCAGGUCCCGCGAGGAGAUUGGUGGGAGGAAAACGCACCUUUUCCCCCGUCUUGCGCGCACGCUGGACUGGCUGCGCGCGCACCUGCCUCCCUAAGGAGCCGCUAAUGCCACAGGGCUCUUUCUAUCCUUCUUCCUUAAGCCGCGGAAGGAGCCUUGGCGUUCUUCUGCCUCCGCCCCGAUCCCACUUUCCUGUGUGUGGCCUUUCUGUCCCCAGCGCCGCCAGGUCUUGCGGGAAGAAGGGGGAAAUUUUUUGAGUUGUCGCUUCUCCUUUAAGAAAAAAAACCCCGUCGACAGCCGGAUGAAAGUCUCUGAAAAAAUGGCGGCGGUAGGACAGAGGCGGGGUCGUGAGGGCAAGGAUGGCCCGCCUCUUGGCGCAUGCGCAGCGUUUACUUGUCAAAAGGCAUCUUGGGAAAUGAAGUCUCAAAUAUACUUUGAGAAAAAAAAUGAGAAAGAAGGGGCGGAGAGGAUGCUGGGAGGUUUUUGACUGAUGCACGAUGGGAAAGGUAGUUAACUUUUUCUGCAGUCGGCGUUUGCUUUUUCAGGGAGGUAGUGUUUCCGGGUUAGGCCGCAACACCCGCACAGAUCCGAGCAGAAAUGGCAAACCAGUUGCUGGUCGGGAUCGCUUGGGAUGGGUUUCCCGACUUUUUCCGUUGGUGUUGGCGAAAGCUUUCUUGCUUGGCCACGUCAGUGGCCCUUAGGUCGGGUUGGUUACUCCGCACCUCCUAGCGUUCUUGCCUGCAGUAUUCGCUUCGUCAUUCUGUGGCUCCCUAACCUGUGAGCUCCUGGAGGUCAGGGACUGAAUCUGGAUCUGUCAGUUUCAUUCUUCAUGAUCACUAUAACUGUUCGUGUUUUGGACCGCAGAAAGAACUAAUAGUCCUGAAAAUCGGAUGUGACAGCUACUCUGCACUGCUUUUAAUGGAUUUACAGUCUAUUCAGGAAAGCAGCACAUGCCACAGCAGUUCCUCACAACCUGUGGGACCAGAGCAUCUUGGGUGUGUGACAAUGGAAGAGUUGGAUGCCUUAUUGGAGGAACUGGAGCACUCCACCCUCCAAGACAGUGAUGAACCCUCCAGCCCAGCUCCUCUUCCCCUCGAUCAGCGCUCCAGAAAGGACAGUGACCUUGCUGAGACUUCGGAGACCAUUGUUCAGAAUGAUACAAGUUCCUUGCCGGUACAGCUCGUGUAUACGACCCAUAUCCAGGAGCCCAAUAUCUACAGUAAGGUCCAAGAGCCAGAGGAGGCCUCACAUCCCCCUAAAACCUCAGCAGCUGCUCAGCUGGAUGAGCUCAUGGCCCACCUGUGUGAAAUGCAGACUCAGGUUGCAGUGAAAGCAGAUGCCAGCAAGAAACACCCAGCGAAUAAGCAGGAUCCCAAGGCCUCCCUGGACUCAAUGCUGGGGGAUUUGGAGCAGGAUCUGCAGGACCUUGGAGUUGCCACAGUGUCUAAGGGCCACUGUGCUUCCUGUCGGAAACCGAUUGCUGGGAAGGUGAUCCAUGCUCUAGGGCAAGUGUGGCAUCCAGAGCACUUUGUCUGCACUCACUGCAAGGAGGAGAUCGGCCCCCAGCCCUUCUUUGAGCGGAGUGGCUUGGCCUACUGCCCCAAGGACUACCAUGAUCUCUUUUCCCCACGCUGUGCUUACUGUGCUGCUCCCAUCCUGGAUAAAGUGCUGACAGCAAUGAACCAAACCUGGCACCCAGAGCACUUCUUCUGCUUUCACUGUGGAGAGGUGUUUGGUGCAGAAGGCUUUCACGAGAAGGACAAGAAGCCAUAUUGCAAGAAGGAUUUCUUAGCCAUGUUCUCACCCAAGUGUGGUGGCUGCAACCGCCCAGUGUUGGAAAACUACCUCUCAGCCAUGGACACCGUCUGGCACCCGGAAUGCUUUGUGUGUGGGGACUGCUUCAGCAGUUUCUCUUCCGGCUCCUUCUUUGAACUGGACGGACGUCCGUAUUGUGAGCUCCAUUACCAUCAGCGCCGGGGAACACUUUGCCACGGGUGCGGGCAGCCCAUCACCGGCCGCUGCAUCAGUGCCAUGGGCCACAAGUUCCAUCCCGAGCACUUCGUCUGUGCCUUCUGCCUGACACAGCUGUCAAAGGGCAUCUUCAGGGAGCAGGAUGACAAGACCUAUUGUCAGCCCUGCUUCACGAAACUCUUCCCACUGUAAUCUCAGCUGAACCCACAGUCUCCGUAGAUCCCCUACAAAAUUUAAACCAGGAGGGAAAGGAGUAUACUUCGUUGUUACUGCUCUUCAGCUCAGUGGGCAUAUAGGGAAAGUAAAGGUGAUGAACUUCUAGUUGUUACGUGCCUAGGCUUGUCGUCUUUGGUUUUACAUUUCUAGUCUUUUUUUUUUUUUUUUUUUUUCCUUAAUCAAGUAUCUGGAUUUAGAUCUAGGUCCUCCUUCUAGAACCUCUGCAGCUGUGUCUUCCACAUGUGCACAUUCAUUCCACCACCAGUUUUCUCAGAUUUCUCCCAUUUUCACUCCUGCCUUGGCCUCGUCACUGGGCCUUUUCACGCCUCCCUCAUUCUCCCCUGACUCACUUUCCCAUGACCAAUGCAUUAUCCUCACUGUCAGGGGUCCUGAGGCCCCUCUGAAGCCCUCUGCGUCUCUCUUCAGUGUACUUCUUCUCUAUUUCAAGAGGAAGUAGAUUUUAACUGGACUACUUCCAGUACUGACAUCAUUGAUAAAUAAAACCGGUUUUAGUUUUAACAACUUAUUGUUGUGUUUGUAGAUAAACUGCUUCCUGUGUUAUAUGCUCAACACUCUGUGCCGUUAAAUCCUUAUCUAUCUCUUGUUUACUUCCAUACAAUAGGCACUUUCUCUUAACCAAAAGAAAUUGAAUGGAGGGACUCCUGUUUACUAACUUUUCUCUUAGUUUGAGCCCAUAACAUUCAUUUUAUUUCAUUUUUUGCACUGACAUGAUUGAAUCAUCUUAAAAGCUGGCAAAGCCCCUUAAAAUUGUUUUCAUCACUUUGUUUACCCAAAGUGAAAAAUCAGAUCUCUGCUAGACACUUGAAAAUUCCUAUUUGUAUGCAUUUCUACAAACUCAUUAAAUUGUAUAUAUUAAAUAAGUCCAGUUUUUUGUAUACCAAUUAUAUCUCAAUAAAGCUGUUUUUUUUA